AUGAGCGAAGAAACACAAGUUAAUGAUGAAAAUAAAAAGAGAACGCGUAAGAAACGUAAGAAUUUUCUUUCGAAUGCCAAGAAAUAUGCCAAGAAAGGUCAAAUGGGCAGGGGAACAAAAAUGCCCGAGGAACUUUACCAAUAUUUCGUUGGUAUACUCGACGCUAUAAAAAAGGGAAUUGAAAAUCAAGAGGAAAGAAAUGUCCUUGUAAACAAUGUACUUGAGAGAACGAAGGAUGAAGAAAUUAAUAUAAUCGGGAACCAGCUUGGAUGUAGAGUAAUAGAGCUUCUACUACCUUAUGCAUCACCAGCAGACCUAGAACGGUUCAUCAACGCUGUGACCCCUGAACUACGAAGACUCUGCUCGGAUAAUUUCUCUAGUCACGUCAUAGAAACAUUACUUAGAGUAUCGUGUACACGUGCAACUGAGCAUUUGCAGAAUCUUGAUGAUUCCGAGGAUUGUGAUGAAAUUCCUAAGAAGAAAGUUAAAUUGGAGAUUGUCUCUAAGUACAGUGAUGAGCAUGUAAAAACUUGUUCUGAAUUUACAUUGAAGCUAUGUAAAUAUGCACUAAAUAAUCUGGAGGAUUUUGUUUGGGAUAAUUAUGCUAAUCAUAUAUUGAGAAGUGCUUUGAAGUGUCUUAGUGGUAUUGAGUUGCUGCCGGGUGAGAAGCCCAAAGUUAAUCUCUUCAAAGAAACUGUUGGAGGAAAGAAAGGUAUACCGCCUCACAUAUCAAAGAUGGCCUACAAAAAUGUUCCUGAUGAAUAUAAAGGUAUAGUUAGAGAGUUUGCUGAGAGACUCUCCUCAUGGCCACAGUUUAAGGAUAUGGGUUACCAAAAUCUGACUUCAGCAUUGUUACAGGUUUUACUCUAUGCAAUAAAGAAUGUGGAUAAGAACUUAACCAAGAACAUUUUAAAGAAACUUUUGAAUGAAAGCUUUGCACCGGACGAUUGGAUUGCUAAUGCUGACGAUGAAAAAAACAAAGAUUCUGAUGAGAAAAAGGCGACUCUGAAUGAGGAUGAUGACGAAAAGGUGGACCUUGCAAUCGAAUCUGGGGGUGUGGUGCAAAGGAAUUUACCACCAGUAUUUGAUUCAGAGUCAGCUGUAAGGCUGUUAGAAGCUGCAUUGUUUGUGGCUAAAAAGAAGAUGUAUACCCAGAUAUACGCAAAGUGUUUCAUCAACCGCCUCGGCCAGCUCGCCACCAUGCCCAUGUUGAACUUCACCGUCCAGAGACUGAUCGACAACUGUGAUAUCAAAGAGGAGUUUGAACCAAUGUUUGAUGAGCUGUCGGACAAGUUCGACGCGCUGUUGGCCUGCGGGAACACCGGGGUGCUGGUAGCCCUCGCCAAAGCCUGCCUCAGGAUCAAAGUGAAACAAAUGCAGUUUGUUAAUACACUAGAAGCGGCAUUGAAGUGUACAGAGGAGGGUAGGCAGAAAUACUUCCCGAUAGCUUGUCUCCGGCUGGUGCCGAUUGACAGGAUCGAGCUGGACAAGCUGGACCAGGAGUACUUCAUUAACGUCCACGGAUCGGUGAUACUACAGACCAUUCUAAAUUUUCAGCGUCCGGGGCGAGCGACGGGCGCGCUGCUGGAGUUGCCGGCGGAGCAGCUGCUGGUGGUGCUGCGCGACGCGAAGGGCUGCCACGUGGCGGACGCUCUCUGCACCGGACCCUUCGUCGGCGUCAAGGCCAGGGACAAACUCAUUUGGAAGCUUAAAGGCUGCUACCAGCAGCUGGCGCUGUCACAGCACGGCUCAAGGGCCUUCGAGCAAGUCUUCAGCGUCGCCUCCAUGGAACAGAAACUCAAGAUUAUGACGGAAAUCUCCGAGAAGAGUAACCUACUAAAUGGCUCCGCAUACGGCCGCCUGAUCGCCGACAAGCUCCACGUCGCCGCCUUCAAGACCUCGCAGAAGAAAUGGGAGGAAGCCUGGAGGAAACGUUCUUGCGAUAUAAAUAGCUGAUGGACUUCGA